AUGGCACGGGCAAUUUUGACUCAAGACAGUAGCGGAGGCCAAAUGAAGUGGUUAGGAGGAGGGGAGACCACUGCCGACAUGCUCGGUCAGCCCAACGGUCACGUGGCAGCCUCGUCGCAACAUGUGCUGCGUCCUCAGCCUCAGAUGAUGAUGUCUGAGCAGAUGGCAGGCGGCAGACGGUCGCAGGACGACGCGAUGGUGGGCUACAUGUUCCAACGUCCGCAGGCUGACCCCGAGUUCAGCCACCCGCCUGGCCAACUCAGCCACCUCGCCAACAAGCAGGCGACCGCGCAGCGCUGGGCGCUCGGAGACGACACGCUCAUCGAUCAUAAUCAUGAAAAAUGGAAGUACCCUCCAGUUGCUAAAAUGCCGCAUCCCAUGAACAAUAUGCCUUACGAGGUGCAUCAGGUUGUCAUGAAGAAGUCUUCAGACCGGGAGCAGAGCAUCUGCUUUUUCACCAGAUGGGACAACCCCCUCCCCCCGUGCCCCACCUCGUCAACCCACAGACCAUCAUCUCGCACCAGGACCCACGUAACGGACAGAUUGCGCCCUCAGCCAAGAAGCUGUGGGGUGUCGAAGAACCAAAAGAUGAACCGAAAGGCAUUCUGGGAAAUCUCGAUCACCAGAUGUGGAGAGACUCAACAUGGAGCACAUCUGACCACGCAGUGUCGCAGCCGAUCAUGGUGCAGCGCCGGUCUGGGAGCUUCCCUGGCAGCGGAGAAGCCGGCAACAUUCUCUCGCCUCGCUCGUCAGAGACCGGCGGUCUGGGAGUCAAGAUGGUCGAAUACGUGCUGGGUCCCUCACCCACCAGCAAGGACCUCGAGCCUAGAAUGCGCUCGCUCAUGGUUACAUCUUCAGACCAAGAAGGAAAGAAAGACAAAGAGAAGGCCCCCUCCUCUCCCCUAUGACGGCACAAAGAAGGAACUCGAAAACGGAGUCACUCAGAACGGAGUACAAAACGGACUCGACGAUGACAAAGCUUUCAAUCGUACUCCAGGCAGCCGCCAACCGUCACCCUCGGACGAGGAUCUGACUAAGAACGGUGUGGGUCACCCAGUGGUAGUACUCGACCACCACUACGCGACACCGCCCCAGGGUGCCGGGGGGGCCGAGGGUGCUGCCGCCCCCUUUGAGGCGGCACCCCUGCACCACCAUCAUCAGCAGCAUCACCACCACCCCCACCUGGACCCGAAUGCCGCCUUCGACGCCUAUCACCACCAUCAUGUGGCGGCAGCCGCGCCGCCCCCGCAUCAACAGGCCAAUGCCGCCUCUGCCGUAUCUGCUGCCGCCCCCGCCAGCGACUCCAUGCCGCCGCAGCAGUCCUUCGAUGUUCAGCAGCUGUUCAGAACUCAACAGCCAGCAACCGCAGCGCAACAAAUUCAGCUGCUGCAGCAGCAACAGUAUCACCUGGCAGCGGCCACACAACAGCAGCAGCAACUGGGAUUGGCUGCUCCCACACCGGGCGCCACUUUUGCCCCACCCACUCCCUACAUACUCAACCCACAGGAGCCCUAUGUCAUUGCAGGUCCGACAGUUGUGCCUCAGUACUAUGCGCACAGCAUGCCUUGGGGCAUGUUCCCCACCAACAUCAUCCAGCCGGGUACUACCACCCAGCAGAGGCGCCCCCUCACCCCCUCAUCAGCGGCUACUGAAAACGCCUCAAACCUCACACAGCAGGUACAGGCUGCUCCAGGCCAAUAUCAGAUGAUCUCCUACUACGAUCAGAAUGGAAUCAUGAUGCGCGGAAUCGGAAGUGGCACUCCAAUGAGACUGGUCUCUCCUGCGCCGGUCAUUGUCAACGCAGCCACUCCAGGGAGCAGUAUGCGUCUGAUAGGCUCUCAGGCACAACAGAUAACCACGCCCCCUUCCUCAAUUUAUGGAGGCAACCAACCAGCAUCUCUCUACACCACGCCCAAUACUGCUAAUGGCCUAUCAGGCCUCGCACCUCAGACCGGCAGCGCGCCCGCUACGGCCGCCUAUUCCAAUAACAUGGCCUCACUAUCGACUAACCUAACCUCACUCGGAGCAGGCCUGGGCAUCGGCAACGGAAGCACGGCGACCGGGCGACGGGACUCGUUCGACAGAAACACAUCGGCAUUCUCGCCCUCCCUCGAGUACGGCCGCGGAAAAUGGCCGCAAAGCUACGGAGCACUAGGCACAGUAACAGCGAGCCCGAGCCCGCUAGGCCUGACAAGUGGCGGCUCCCUAACUCCGCCACCCUCGGCGCUCAACUCGUCGUGCAGCCUGCAACUGGGAGGCCUGACCACACCGGGCGGUGCAAGUCGCGGCCUGCUGUCGUCUGCCGCCCCAGGCGCCGAGGCCAUGAACAAGUACAAGGCCAACGGCAGUGCGGCGGCCGCCAUGUUUGGCGCGGUUGCCGCCACGGGUGCCGCGCAGACUAGUGCCGCCGCCGGCAGUCUGUUUGCCAAGAUGGGUGUGGCGCGCACUAUUGGUACGGCGGUGGUUGGCCCCGUCGCGGGAGCUGGGGGCACUUCGCCGCUCGACUCCAAGAGCACCGGACGUAGUCGCCUGCUUGAGGAUUUCCGUUUGUUGUUUUGCAGUAACAACCGCUACCCAAGCCUGCAGCUGCGCGACCUGACCAAUCACAUCGUGGAGUUCUCACAGGACCAGCACGGCUCGCGGUUCAUCCAGCAGAAGCUAGAGCGCGCCUCGGUGCCCGAGAAGCAGUUGGUCUUCAACGAGAUCCUCGUCAACGCAUACAGCCUCAUGACCGACGUCUUCGGCAACUAUGUCAUUCAGAAGUUCUUUGAGUUCGGCACGCCUGAGCAGAAGACUACGCUUGCGCAGAAGGUGCGAGGCCACGUACUGCCGCUGGCUCUGCAGAUGUACGGAUGCCGCGUGAUCCAGAAGGCACUGGAGUCAAUCUCGAGCGAGCAACAGGUAGAGGUGGUUCGCGAGCUGGACGGUCACGUGCUCAAGUGUGUCAAGGACCAGAACGGCAACCACGUGGUCCAGAAGUGCAUCGAGUGUGUCGAGCCCAUUGCGCUGCAGUUCAUCAUCAACGCCUUCCAGGGACAGGUGUUUGCGCUGUCGACACACCCAUACGGCUGCCGAGUGAUCCAACGCAUCCUGGAGCAUUGCACGGCCGAACAGACUGCGCCCAUCUUGGAGGAGUUGCACCAACACACCGACCAGCUCAUACAGGACCAGUAUGGCAACUACGUCAUACAACAUGUGCUUGAGCACGGCAAACCGGAGGACAAGUCGCUGUUGAUCAGUGCGGUGCGAGGCAAGGUGUUGGCUCUGUCGCAGCACAAGUUCGCGUCGAAUGUGGUCGAGAAGUGUGUCACACACGCAACACGCGCAGAACGCAACAUUCUCAUCGAGGAGGUCUGCAGUUUCAACGACAACGCGCUACACAUCAUGAUGAAAGACCAGUACGCCAACUACGUGGUGCAGAAGAUGUUGGACGUUUGCGAGGCGGCGCAACGCAAGGCGCUCAUGAUCAAGAUUCGGCCGCACUUUGGCUCUCUGCGCAAGUACACCUACGGCAAGCACAUCAUCGCCAAACUCGAAAAGUUCUUCAUGAAAACAUCGAGUAGCGUCGUCGUUCCCGACCUGGGGCCCAUUGGACCGCCUAGCAACGGCGUUGUCAUGUAAUCAACUCUACAACAACAAAAUCCAGCUGUUGUGUUAAUAUCAUCGGAACUUGAAGUGGAUAAUAACAUGACCUCCUAUAUCCCUGAUAAUAACUUGUUUAAUUUGUGAUUGAGGGAUAUCUUGAGGGUAUCCAAUAACGUCUGAUGAAAGAACUCUACUUCCUACAACAAAUUUCACCUGUUGUAGAAUUAGUUUUAGGGAUACCCACCCUAGAUAAGGAAAUCUAGGGAGAAAAUUCCUUAGAUAAGUAAAACGGGAGGUUCAACUAUUGCUAAAAGAAUUCUACAUCUUGGUCCACUUACAACUAACACAAGAUUCAGCUGGUGUUGUGUGCAUUGCAGUUAGAAAUAUCUGAGAGGAUAAGGUUAAUUUGUAGUUUAUUGAAUGCUUAAACAUCCUUGAUACUUUAGAAGGAUAAUGUUGGUUUUUAAUUCAUUGAUUGAGGAGGAGAAAUCUUUGAAGCUUGAAGAGGAUAGGGUUGGUUAGUAUUGAAAACAAGAUAGGAUUGCUUUGUAGUUGAUAGAGAUAAAUGCUUGAAACUUUGAGAGGAUAGGUUUGAUUACUUGAGGAAAGAUCCUUAUAAGUUUGAGGGAUUGAAGAGAUAUCCUUGAAAACAGGACGGGAUUGUUGAUCAACUCCGCUAUCACUGUGGAAAUGUUGUUGAGGGGCGAAAGGGGAGCCACAGCUGUUUACAAACUACGGAAUGUAUCAUUUUUAUUUGUUUUUUUUUUUAGUAAAGGUUGAAAAUUCUCGAAUAACAUGUUUGUGUAAUAGAUUUUUUAUCAAACUGUGCUCGAAAGGCUCAAGUAUUUAAUUUCAUUUGUGGACAUUCUCUCGUAGUAUUUUUAUAAAAUUUAUGUGUACGUUUCUUAAAAAUUAGGGCAGGUCUCUGACCUAAGUAGGUAUUACUUUUACUACAAAUUAUGGAGGAAUUGUUUUGAUUGAAUCAUUCUAAAUUGAUGGGAAUUUUUUUAUGUUGAAAAUCAAUGGGAGAAUUUUUCAUUGAGGCAAAUAAUCUUCUUGUAGGAUAAUGUUAGAGACUUUUCAGUAAUUAUUGACCUCAGAAGCAGAAGCAGAAGCAGAAUGCAGACGAGGAUGGGACUUUUUAGUUAUUUUAUCUUACCGACGCGUUGUUAAGGGAAUUUUAUUCUUGAUGAUUUAUGAAUAUAAAAACUGAGUGUAAGAGUUUUUAAUCUGUUUUUUUAUUAGGAAAAGGGUGGAUUUCCCUAAUUCUGAGCUUGUUCAAGCUAGUUGAAAAAUAGAGAAUUCGAGAAUUUUCAAUCGGAAUGUGUUGGAAGUUUUUGAACUUUCUGAUGAAAAACUAUUGAAAAUUUUGAGAUUUGAUUUGAUUGUUGUGUUUGCGAGCUCCCUUACCCUGUCAACAUUUUAUUCAAUUUGAUUGUCUCAUCAAUAUUAUUAAUAAUGUAGUCGGUGGUAUGAUUUUAUUAUUGCUUGUGUAUUCUUUGCCCCGCCUCUUGUUACAAUUAAAUAUCAAUGUAAUCAUUUCACUAUAAUCGUUAAUAGUUAUAAAUACAGCUGUUCAUAUUAAUUUUAAGUUUUUUGUACGUUAACGGCUUAAGAUUUUUUCUCGUAUUUCCUCUGCAAGUUGUAUCUUGUUCAUUAGCACAUAAUAUUAUUUAAGUGAAGGAUUUCUUUUUUUAGUUUUCUUACAAGCUGGUCGAUUUCUAGACUUUUUUGUAGUGUUGUAGAAUUGCUUGUUUAUAAUUUUGAUUUAAUUAAUAUUCCAGUAGAGCGAUUGUUAUGUUUAUCGUUAGAGACUGUAAGAGUGCAUUCGCUUGUAUUGUAUUAUUUGGUUUUUUUAGUUUAGCUAUGAGUUAGUUUUUGAGCGUUUUCUUUCUUCGUCAUAUUUCUUGAAAUUAUCGUCAAUUAUUGUUGAAUACGUACAACACUAGUACGAAAUGUGCCCAAACAUCAAGAAUGUUUCUGAGUCCUGGGUGCAAAAAGUAUCAGUCAUAAAGAUGGAAGUUUUAUUAGGAUAGAAAUCGGUAAGUUCUACAUUCAUAAUCAUUGUAAAGUUAAGGCAUCUUCCAUUGGAGUACUACUUGUAAUUUCUGAUAUGAGAUGCUCAUUUAACCCUCUGCAAGUAAGCAAUGAAAUUGAGUAUUCUGUAAGGCAAAGUAGUCAAGAAUACUCCUAUCAAAAUUAAUUGUUUUUUGAUAUCUUGAAAAUAGAAUCAAUUUCGGACAAAAUUUAUUGUAAGAUAAUACUGUAUUUUUCCGGGUUGAACUUGUCAAAAACCUUUCUUACUUUGUUGUACAGGCUAAAAUUACUAUCCAUCAAUCUUAACAUACUCUUUUUAUCAUUGCUAUAUGAUUAGUAUUCUGUAAAAAAAUAUUAUUAUAAAUUUAAGAACACUUGAGCGAUAGAAUUUAAUUUUCUACUUGAUUAAUAACUGGACCAAUUAUUGCUUUUAAUUGUAUGAUAAAAGUAUGAAAUAUUAUUAAAAAUUACAGUAGGUGUUUUUUUAUAUUGCUAACAAUACUGAAUUAAAACUAAUUCAAAAAUAUACAGAUAAUUGUAAUGUAUUGGUAAAACAAAUAUGUGUGAAUAUUGAAAAAUAACUGUUAUUUCUGUAUAUUAUUGAUUAACAAUUAGAGGAUAGAAGUAUUUUUUAUCAAUUUUACUACUACAGUAUAAUCUGUGUAAUUAUGAAUAUAGUGCACGACCCUACACUGAAAAUCGAAAUUAAUACAAAUGUCUUGUUAUAUUAGGUGUAUCACAAAGACCUUGCUUAGUUGAUUAUUAGGUUAAGAUGGUGUCCCCCCCUCCCCAGUCUAACAUCAAUUUUAUCGAUCGUGACAAAUUUUUCAUUAAUUAUUUUAAAAGGGGCUGAAAUCGCUUCAAAUGUUGUAAACUAGAUUGAUUCAGAAAUUCAACUUUGAAACCAGACCUUUCCCACCUUUCUAAAUCGGAUUUAGAGGCAAAAAUAGGCAUCAUCUUGAUAAAAAAUGUUUGCCCCACAAAUGGCAUGAUUUUUAUCGCAAUAUAGGGUGAGAUGAAGAUCUGCUAAGAGAUGCCAGUAUCAAGCUAAUACCAUACAGCAUCUAGAUGGCUCAAAAUAACAUCACUUUCAGACUAUUAUUUGUUUUCGAAAACAUUUUGGUGAAUUCCAAAUGUCAGUCAAUCACUUCGCAUCAAUAUAAAUAAUAUAAGCAUACUAUAAGUUAACAAUUUUCUACUUAUUCUCAAAUUUCCCUCUUCACAUGAGUGAGCUAUCAGAAAAAAAUAAUGCAUCAUUUUUCCUUGUAUUUUGUAUUGAAGAAUGAUACAAAGUGUAUCUAAAUCAGGCCGCAAAUGAAGUGAAAUUUUUGUAUAGUAUUCACUCACAUAAGUAGUGGAAUGGACCAAUUCAAUCUUAAUAAUCAAUUCAGUUUCAUAUUAGAUUAAGAUCAUUUAAAAUAUAAACACUCAACUAUCCCCUGAAUUUUCUAUCAUUUCUAAAACAUUUUUGCAAAAUGAUUUGGAAACCUAAAUUUAAGCGCGUGUGUGUGUGUGUGUUGUGUGUUUGUGUUAGUGUUGAAAGCACAUGAGAAUAUGCAAAUAUUUUCGAGUAGUAUCUCUGUUUGUGUUUGAAUGGGUCUCACUUUCUCGCAUGCCCUUAGCUGUUAUCACUUCAAAGUUUUACCACACAUUGAUCCAGUCCCGAAUUUAAAUCAUAGAUGAAUUUAAAUAAUAAACCUUAGUGCACCAGACUGUUGCUCAAAUUUUAGAUUUUCGACAAAUUUCAAUUACCAACACUUUGAAUAACUAAAAAAACUUUGAACAAUGGUUAAUGUUUAGGAAAAUUACUAUAUAUAUGUAAUGAUAUCAAUAUUAGUGUAAAAUUAUGCUACUGCAGGAAUAUUUUUGGUGAUGAUUCAUAAAGCUGAGUCGGCAUUAUUAUAACUAGCUACUGUAUUGUAACUGAUCUAAAUAGUUAACUAUUAAAUCUAUUGCACUAAGACUAUUAACUCAUUAACUAUUAACUCACUACACCGCCCAUUCGAUAGUAGUUGUAUAGGACACUAGUAGUUAAUAAAAUUAAUCUAUUGAUAAAACUCAGUAGGUCAGAGAAGAAUGAGCUUCACGGUACUGUUUCCAUUGAAAAGUUUGGCGUUUGCUGAUGGUUUAUUCUACUAAUUUAUUUUAUCUUCAAAAUUUUCUCGAAUCCCUAAUUUUUCCAAACUAUUUUCUGAUGUACUGUAUCCAUCCCUCAAGUACUUUCCUGCUGAAUCUGGAUAACAAUCCUUUUUCUCUUGACCGGCGGAAAAUCUUGAAUUUUAUUUGUUGUAUAUUCUAUCAAAGUUUUUUUUCUUGAUCUUUCAACUUCUAGUGCUCGUUUCAAUAGAUGUUCUAUUGAAUCAUGAAAAUUAUGUAAUGGCUGUAAUCGAUCAAACACAAAGACUCCAAAAAAUAACGCCUUUCAAUUAAUUAAUUAUUUUUCCAUAAAAUAUUAUUCAUUAACUAUACACUACCUAUAUUCUAAGAAAGUUUGAGAAAUACUGUUUCACAAUAAUUAUUGAUGAAACUACCACGAUAAUCAUUGUUCAUAAAAAUAUCUUGAUAAUCACACUGUAUUUUAUAAUAAACGCGUAGGAAUUAGUAUUUUACAAGUACAAUGAAAUAUGUCUAAAGGUUCGCCCAUUUCUCUAAAACUAACUAUAACUAACUUCAGUAAUAUUGUUAUCAAUGUUUGAUCAAAUUAUUUGGAUCGUAUUCUUACACUCAAACUAAUCACAGUAUCAUGUUAUUGAAUUUAAUGCUGAAUAUAAUUAACAUUUUCCCCAUUAUUAUACUUUCCUUUUGUAUUCGAGGAUUGUGUCUGAAUUGAAUUUGAAUUAAGAUGAAACCUAGUAUUGUCGUAACCUAUCAAGUAGAGUAAAACAGUUAAAAGUUUGUCUUGUAUAAAAUAAAUGAUUGUAUUUUAAAGGAAAUUUAGACUAUUAUUGUGGUGAAUAUAAAUAGCACUUUUUACUGUGUAUCAAGUUGAAGAAAUAUUAUACAUAAACCCAACCUUACAUAAUAAUAUUAUAAAUACUUAUAAAUAUCGAUGUUGUAUUUCGUAACUGUAAUGUAAAGUAUACAUAACUUUCUUUGACUGCAUGUAAAUAAUAGUAUAAUGGUAGAAGUAUAAUUGUAUUUAGAAAAUUUGUUUGAUACAAAGUUAUGUGGUCACUGUUUGGAUUGAUUAUUAUUCACAGCAGAGUUGAUUGAUUAUUCUAUUCAAACUGAAGGAACAGUAUUCGAAAUUUCUCAACUGAAUGGGGAAAAUUUGAUAGAAAUUUGUCAGGAAUUUUGAGAAAUGAUAAAUUUGAUCUCAAACACAUAUUCUGUUCCUGUAUGUUCCAGUAGACUGAAAAAUCCUAGUGCUAUGUAUUUUUCUGGUAAUCCAUCUACACCUAUAUUAUAUAUUUCAAGGUCGCAUAUACUAUAUACACUGAUCCACUCUGGUUUUUUAUGUGAUUUAUAAAAUUGAUAGUGUACAUGCAUGUGUAAUAUUCUCUGUAAGAAAUAAUAUAUUCGAAAAUUUGUUCUGUACAAUUUUUUGUAAUUAAAAAAGGUCGGGUGGAAACAAAAUAUUGUUAAACUUGUAAACAAACCGUGCUUGAUGCUUUGAAGAUUAAUUUUUUGUGUAUUCAUACUAUGAAUUUAUUCUAUAAAUAAUAUUAUUCUAUCGUCUCUCCUCUGUAAAUAAAAUAGGAUCAAGGAUUUAUUUUCUUAUCUGAAAGUCCGUGUAAAUUUAACUGCGAGCUCCAGGAAUUCAUUGUAGAUUUGUAAAUUUUGACAACAUUGAAUUUUUUUAUAUCAUUGAACUACUAUUGAAGUGCAGUUUGUAAUUUUCAUAAAUUAUGGGUGAAUUAUUUUUGGUGAUAAUAAUAUUCCUAAAAAUGUAUAAUAUGAUGAAAAUUGUUUCACUGUAAGAAAGAAAAGAAACGCCAAUAAGUAAAUUAUGAUUUUGUUUAUCAAAUAAUUUAUUACAGUUAUUGUAAUAUUCAUUCUGUUUAUUUUCCUUUUGUAUUUUUACUCUAAAUAAUAAGCUCAUAAUAAAAUGAUGUAAAACGUUUUUGCUUUUCUUUAUUUUACUUUAGUAACAACGACUUCCAACAUUUUUUAAAAAUUUUAUUGGAGGUCUUCUACAGAAUAUCACCACUAUUUUAUAAAAGAUGUUCCUCUUAAUAUUUUAUGGACUUGAUUUUUUAUUUUUUUCAACAUUCAGAUACUUGUUUAUUUUCGCUUAUGUCCAUGUCUUAUGCAUGUACACAAACCAUCCAAAAACUUCAAUAUCAUUACUUUCAAAUUAUUUGCUGGUUCUAGUGAUUCGAUUUUUUCCAUCACGGUUUUAGCAUUUGAAACACGAACGUGUUUUGAGAAAAUUAUAAUUAUUUUCAAUUUUGGAAGCAACCAGGCAGAGUAAAAUUUACAAUCUAAAUGAAUUUUAGGCAAGACUGAUGUAAAAAAGUGUGAAGCUAAUGUUAAUGGAGUGUGGAAAUUUGUUUCAAUUAAACCGUUUUUCUAUGCUUUUUUAUACUGGUUUCAAGAAAUAAGUUUUUGUUGUUUCUUUCAAGAAACUAAGUUCUUCGAGCUAGGUAUUAUUCGAGCACUCGUUUUUUUACUAAAACAAACUGUUGAAACUUAGCCCAAAACUGGGAAUAAACUAUAUACUUUAUCCGUUUCAUUAGACUCUUCCAUAAUCUUAUGAUUAUAUCAUGAAAUUCUGUUCUCCAAUUUUUGAAAAUAUCAGCUAGAAAUUAAAUAAACCUCCUGGUUACCUUUAUCAUUCAUUGAUUUGUCUAAAUGGAUAAUAUUUUUCCAUAUUUUCUCAACUUAUAGGCUUUCAACUUUUAUUCAUUAUAUAGGGUUACUACUAAUCUGAAGUAACGUAGUGUUGAAAAGUUCCAAACAAGAUAGUAUUAUACUUUUCAACAAAAAUAUAAUUUCUCGAAACGUUUUGCAAAGUGACGUUUUUCAAUAUAUUUAUCAUAUUUUAUUUGCCUGUUUUAUUUGUGCUCUAAAAUAAAUAUUUUGUAAUUAAAUUGAUCCUUACACAAUUGCACGUACUCUUGUCUAGUUAUUUCCUACGAAGUACUGCAUCAAACAUGUGAGUCAACAGGUUCUUAUCCAGCUAGUUUUAUUUUCCCAAUCAAUUCAAAUCGGUAUCUUAAUCAGUUUUAUGGUAGAUUUACAGUUAAAUUGUAUCAUUGCUUCACAGUAACUUUUGAUCAUUCUUUUUUUCAGUUACAAAGUAGAGAGUUUCUCUGUUAUCAGUAAAAUUUGGAUUUUACAUGUCCAAAAUAUUGUAUUCAGUUUUGAAAUCUAGCAUUUGAUAAUUUCUUAUCUUUAAUGAAUUUUAUUCAUCUUUUUUCAACCAUUCCUGUUUCUCCCACUACCUUCUUAUUCAAAACAAUUAUUAUCUCUCACUUCCAUUCAUCAAUAAUUAGAAAAGAAAUCUAUGUGAAUUGAUAAGUCAUGAAUUUUUAUUUUAUAGUCUUGAUAAGAUUUCUUAUGUAGUGAAGUUCUAGUUUUAGUAUUUUUUCUUUGUAUUAAGGUCUGGAUUAGGUUAUGUGUUAUAGAUUGAGAACAAGAGAGAAAAUGUUUAACAUGUAUUCAUCCAAUCCCAGUUACACUUUUCAUACCAUCAAAAUAAUGACAUCUAUUAUGGCUCGAGUAUGAAUAUCAAUUAAAUUGAUUAUCGAACCUCUCAACUAAAUACGGUACUAGACUUGUAAAUUGGUAUAUAGCAUAGUUGUAUAGGAGUUUAAAAUAUCACGACUUUAUAGAACCUACAGUCCCUUGAAAAACAAACCUCAUAUGAAAAUAAGAAUAUUAUUGUAAUAUCGUUUUUGUAUAAGGUAUUGCUACUACUUAUGUAUUUGAAAACAUUCUAGUGUAAUAUAAAAUGAACUGACUUAUUGUACAAAUGAAAAUAAAUAGAUGGUAGUUUCACAAUAAUUCUAAAAUUUACCAAGAAUUGAAAUUUGCUUUUUACUACUCGAGUAACUUAAUCUUUUAAUAAUAAAGACGAAAGUAAACAUUUUUCUACCGUAUUGCUCUUAGCAAAACGUACUACUCGUUUAUAAAUAUGAAAAUAUUGAACAAAUUUUUUAAUAAUUCGGUGUACAGUUUUUGCGUUAACGGUUUUUACUUUAAUUGAACAUUUUUGCUAAAAUGGUGGACAUGAUUAAUGAUUGUGUAAAUUGAAUUUGCGAGAAUUAUAAAUAACUGUACAUAUUAUUGAAAUAGAUCUAGUGUAAUUAAGCAACAGUUUGUGUAAACAGACAUAGUUUGAAAGUUAUUUUUGUAACGAAAACUUGUAAGAAUUGUUUUUUAUUUGUUCAAUAAUUAUUUUUUAUAAAAAUGAAACUUGAAAAAAUACUUCUACUGGAGAUAUAGUGGAGGCAUUCCUGCUGAAAAAAUGUUUUUUUUACUCGCUUAGUUUUGUAAUAUUAUGUAUAUAAACAGAUAAAUAUUUCUUAAUUAACUUGACUUAUAGUUGUUCUUGUUUCACUUUUGAGUUUCAAAUUAAUAUUUUCAUUGAGAGCGUGUAAAAACAUCGUUGACACUUUUUCAGUACCUAUUCCAAGUUUUCAAUAUUUGAGUAAAGAUUAUUUGAUGAA